AUGUGCGUAUUGGUGAUACAUGCAUAUUUAACAAUCUUCUGGAGACACACAUUCGCCCGAAUAGGAGAGGAUUGGGCGGUCGGAUCGGGAAUUCCUGAAAUGAAAACUAUAUUAAGGGGAGUUGUUCUCAACGAAUACCUCACUUUUCGCACAUUAGUCGCUAAAAUGAUAGAGAUUUACGUUUGGGACUUUGGGGGCAAACGAAUUACAUAA